GACUUGCAUAAUUCAUUGAGCAAUCUAUUUUUGCCGGCAGAAUCCACAGCUCUCUCUCUCUCUGUAUGAUUGUUUGUCAUUCUCCAGUUUCUACUUCUGUUUGGAGGUUCAAGGAUACGAAGAUAAAAUGCGCUUAAUUACACAAAGCUGGGUCCUGUUUUUGUGGAUGUAUCACCUGGCGCUUGUGAAAAGUCAAGUCUGUACACGUGAACAGUUUUUGAGUAGCGAUUGGUUUGAUUCCAAUUUUGACAUAACUGGUCUGCAGACCACCUACCCUAAUAAAAAACAUGUGAGAGUGUUCUGCAAGGUUGGCUACAGUGGCUUUUUCAAACUGAUAUGCGAGCAAGGACAAUGGGAUACAAGAGGCAAACGAUGUGAACUGAGAUCAUGUGGCCAUCCCGGUGAUGCCCCGUUUGCAGAUUUUCAUCUGGAACAUGGAGAUGAUUUUGUCUUUGGGUCACAAGUUGUUUUCACCUGCAAUAAAGGUUAUCAAAUGGUCAGUCGCAAAAACUCCCGGCAUUGCACGUCUGAAGGCUGGAAUGGUGUGGUUCCAGUCUGUGAAGCAAAACAGUGCCCAGAGAUUCAUGUGGAUAAAAAUGUCCAGGUGAUUGGGGACCCAGAUGAAUCCACCUAUGGCAAUGUAGUUCGAUUCACCUGCAAGUCCAGUGAUGAAAUCCUGGACGGGUCAACAGAAAUGUAUUGUGAUGAAAAUGGAGAGUGGCUUGGCAAAGUUCCUGACUGCAAAGAGGUAAUAUGUCCAGCACCCCAUAUUGAAAAUGGUUUUGUGCCUGUAAAUAUUCAAGAGUACAAAGAACACGAUAUCCUGCACUUUGGGUGUGACGCUAAACAUAAAAGCAUUAACGUACUACCUUCAAAAUGCACCAAACGAGGAUUAAAAGCAGAGUGGAGCCCCACACCUGGAUGUGAACCAAUAGUAUGUAGACUGUCAGCACCACUGGAGGGAACCAGUUAUGAACCGACUUCCAGAAAUGUGUUUUCACCUGGUGACACAGUGAGAGUCAAUUGUGGAAAUAAGCACUGGAUUUCCAACCUUUGGAACACCUCAGCUGAAGCUACAUGCAAAGAGAAUGGAGACUGGACUUUACGACCAGUAUGCCAAGAGGUUAGAUGCAGGAAUGAAAGACAGCAAUAUGUGUCUCGCUGGAACGUCAGAUGGAAUCAACAAAUAAAAAUGGACGACACUGUCGGAUAUUCAUGUUACAGGGGCUACAAGAAGACAGAUGGUGCCACCGAUGCCACAUGCACCAGAAAUGGAUGGGCACCAAAUAUAUUGUGUCAAGAGAUAACAUGCAACCGUCGAGAUUACCAGAAUGCAAACAUUGCUGGAAGAACUCUGAACAUGUACAAGAACAAUGAACGGGUCAGUUAUAACUGCAAGAAUGGUUAUGAAGGACAUUUUACCCUAACCUGUAAGGAAAAAGGUUGGACCGGGACUGAACAAUGUACGAAAGUGUGUAAACCAAUUGAAAUUGACAAUGCACAAUUUACCGACAAUGCAAAGGAAACUUACAGGAUCAAUGAACAGGUUGACUAUACAUGCAGGAACGACCCCAAAAGAGUUUUUACUGUUACCUGUGAUAAAAGAGGCUGGACUGGGAGAAUGAACUGUUCAGCAUGUCAAGCCGCUGACGUACCACAUGGAAUUGUCGUUGGUCCAUACAAUGACACACUGUACUACACCUGCAAAAUAGGUUACAAACUUUCUACCAAAGGCUGGAGGGCUGAGGCCAAAUGUACUGAUGGCGUGUGGUCUGGACUUAAAGGUUGCAUCGCUAAUACGACGUGUGGAAACAUUCCUGAGAUUUCUAAUGGAAGAGUGACACCAUUUGAAAAAUCUGAAGAUGCCCAGAUUACUUGUGAAGAUGGAUACCACGCACAGAUUACCAAUUUAACCUGUCAUAAGGGAAAAUGGCUGUCAGAGGGAUUCUCCCCCGAAACAAUCUGUAAACUAAUUGCCGUUCCUUGCAACCCCCCACGAAAAGUUGACAAUGCUGUAAUUGUGGGUUUAUAUCAGAAGGAAUACUUGUCUGACUCCAAUGCAACAUAUCAGUGCCGUGAUAAGUAUAUUAUAUUGGAUAAUGAAGAUACAAUUCAAUGCAAAGAUGGCACUUGGGAGGCAAAAAGGAUUAUGUGCACGCCAUACUGUGACAAGCUCAAAGAUGAGUCAAUUAACUUCACCACAGACAAAGAAAGAUAUAUGGAUGGGGAUGUCAUUGAGUAUCAAUGUGCCAUGUCUGUAGUUGAAGGCACUGCAACAUGUGACAAUACUGAGUGGAAUAAAUCACAAGACUGUACAGACAACACUUGUGAAGUUGCCAUGAUGCAGCCUAAUCUCAGUGUUACUGGACUACCGCCAGGAGAAAAGAGAAUGAAGAUUGGACUUAAAUUGCAGUUUCACUGCGACGAUGAAUUUACAAUUGAAGGGUCUACAGAAAUUGAAUGUUUACAUACUGGAGAGUGGAAUGCAGCCUUUCCAACGUGUGCUGAAAAAUGCGAAGUUGCAUAUGUUCCAAACAGCGUGUACCUCGACAAAUAUGUACGGGGCGAUCAACUCAACAAAGGACAACGGUUGAGUUUUAAUUGCCGCUCUGAUGGAGACACUCUUCAAGGGAAGGCAGUCGUUGAGUGUUCAGCAGGCGGGCAGUGGAGUGAUCCCUUCCCAACAUGUGGAGCUCCUGCGGGUUGUGGUCGGCCACCACAAGUUGAAAAUGGUGACAUAACACAAAGUGUUAAAUUCAAUUACCGCCAUGGAGAUUGGGUUGAAUAUGGCUGUCAGAACUACUACGUCAUGAAUGGUUAUCAAUACAAGACGUGUCUCAACGGGGAAUGGAAUCAACCGACGAUGAGGUGUCUGAAUCCCUGCACUGUGGACAGAAGAGCCAUGAGCUCACAUAACAUACACUUUGGAUAUAAUUAUGAUGGUAAGAUGUAUUCAAGCCAUGAUGAUCAUAUCACUUUCGCGUGUGACAGAGGAAAAAGAUCAGACGGCACCUUUGAAAUGCGUCAGAGAUGUGAUGAUGGUGUGAUGAACCUGCCCACAUGCCAGUAACGGUUGUUAAUUAACUGAAUGAAACAACUCUUUACUUUUCCCAAAGGAAAGAGUUAGACCAGCAAUGUCCUGAUCCAGUGUCGAUACUUCAGUGUGGUCGUUUUAAUAAAACAUAUAUUUCCACUUUU